CCCUAAAUACUUUGAUUUUGUUAGAGCUCGGGUGUUUCUCUUAGCAGUCACUAUCAUAUUAAUGUACACCGCAUGUAUGUAACAAGGAUUGUAAAUUUGUCACACACAUCACCGAUCCUAAUCCAAACACCAAAACACCAACGGUCAGUACAAUCCUACCUCGACCAUGUAUUGAAAGAUGUCGCAUCCAUACAAAGUGUCAAUAUGGCGCUCUUGGCGUCAAAGCCAAGUGCCGUUCGAAUGACCUUUGCGAAGAUCGUUGCCAUUUCAAGGCACAAUAGGCAGGCAAAUGCUUUGACGUGCUACAAAAGUAAAUCAUGCGCGUCCCGAUGCCCCUCUCACACGUCGCUUGUUCUCUUCAUCCCACAGCAGCAAGAAGUCGCGAUUCGAUAGCGCUGAUACUCUGACAACAUGGUGAGCGCACGGGAUGAUGCUCUCGAUUACUCGAAGCCGAAAUCAAAGAUGGUGAUGAAGAGACCAACCAAGGUAAGACGUUAUCCAAAAAUCUAGCCCAUAAAGCAAACGACAAUGUUUUCAUUUCCUUUCUGUGAAGAAUACAAGAAACGUGUAAUGGUUCCGUCCUUCUGAUACUUCCGUUCCGAUCUACCAAUAAUUUACUUUUGUACACGAAACAGAAAAAACCCAAAGAUAAGCCGAAACGGCCACUAAGUGCUUACAACUUUUUCUUCAAAGAAGAGAGAGAAAAGAUUAUCAAGGUUGUUCUUGCUGAGGACCCAUCGGCGGUCAAACAGGAUCCCGAAGAUGAUGGAUUCUUGGACGAGGAAACAAUCGGACGUCUCAAAAAGGAAGGUGGAAAAGUUUCCUUUGAAGAAAUGGGGAAGUGAGUACCCUUGGUUGGUUAUUCAACUAUUGUACCAUCCAAAAAAAACGAAUGAGUAGAAAUGCGUGGCCAGUACUUGCUGAUGUCUGUGCUAACAUUUCUUGCAUUCCAACGUUAAUUUAUUUAAAUAGAAUCAUAGGGCAGCGCUGGAAGAACAUUGAUCCAGACCGUCUAUCGAAGUAUUCAGAGCUCGCUUCGGAAGAUACAGAACGGUAUAAGACUGAGAUGCAGGAAUACAACGGGCGACAAGAAGCUAAAAUGAGAGCUGAGGCGAUGAAACCCGCAGCUUCGUUUCCUACUAGCUCUGCUGGUGGUCCAAACGAGCGUGGCGUCCCAUCCUAUUCAGAUGCUCGGGGUGCAUACGGAGAUAUGUCGGCAGUUGGUUUUCCUGGCAUGCCUUCAAAUAGUAUGGGUCCACAAGGUCCAGCGGGUAGCAUGGGUCCCGGUGCAAUGGGCGGCGCAUACGGAUAUGGAUAUGGCGACUAUUCUGGAUACGGAAGCAUGGGAAUGAACCCAUAGUAAGUUGGUUAUUUGGCCCAAUUAAUUUGGCCCCAUGUCCUGCAUUUAGCGUUCAAAUUGGAAGCUAAUCUAUUUCUUGUCGAUGUUGUUUGCUUCUGAAACCUAUAACAAUUUGGAUCAGUGGUGGAGGGAUGCCAAUGUCAUAUGGCAGUUAUUCUUCGCCUCCAAUGGAUCCCCAGAGCGCCUAUGGAGGUUCACCAUACGGCUCAAUGGGGAUGAUGGGUGCCAGUGCCUUUCAAGGCGGCAUGCCAAUGGGAUAGUAAGUAUCUACGGAAAGGUUCUGACUCGCAUCAUUGCUCGCAAAGAAUACUAACAAUCUCGUAUCGAAUUCCAUUGCUCCAUUUUUUUGCAGUCCUGAGCAUCUGUACGGCGCCAACCCGUCAAUGGACCCGCAGCAGCAGCAACCAACAGGAUCUCAUCCUGGUCCUCAUCCAGGGGCGCACCCUGGCCCACAUCCUAGUUCACACCCCGGACCACAUCAGGGAUCCCAUCCAGGGCCUCAUCCGCCACCUGGCGGGGGAUACAGUGCAAGCCAUGCUUACGGCGGGGCUUCCUCGCAUCAGGGAAAUUGGGGUCAAAAUGAAAGAUGAGUACUGAUGCGUUUCUUUUUUCUAUUUUUAAAACAAAAGCACUACGGCAUGUCGCAUGGGGAGCGCUUCAAGUAAAAUUGGAUUUCGCGAAAGAGGAAGAAUGGGUGUCGAGUUUUUCCGCCUGGUACACGAAUGAUUUUAACAAAUAAAAAUACACACC